UGAAUAAUAAAGAAAAUCAUCAUCAUCAUCACCAUUGUCAAAUGAUUCAUGAACAAAUGAAUUUGUUGAAUGAACAAUUGGAACAAUAUGAUCCAUUUGGUUAUUGUAAUCAUCGACAAUUACGAAAAUCUAAUGAAACAACAAUAUCAUCACCAUCAUCAUCAUCAUCGGCAGCGACAACAGUAAUUGUUGGAAAAAUAUUCGAAGGUGUUGGUGGUGCUAGUAGCAGUGAUGUAAAUCUAUUUGUUUUCGAAUAUCGAGAUUAUAAACUUGAUUGUUUUGUACCAAGAGUUAUUUAUACACAUCCAUUAUCAUCGAAUAGUUUAGUACAAAAAUUUAUCAAUGAUAUUGGUGAACUUAUGUUGGAUAAUAUAGCCGGUUGUCGUAAUGUUAAACCAUAUCUAAUCGAACGUUCAUCAUUGAUGGCUAUCCAUAAUAAUAAUAUUAAUAGUCAUUAUGAUUGUUUUUAUUCAUCAAAUGAACCAUUAGAUUUGUAUAUAUUAAGCAUUAGUCUUAUGGAUUCAACACCACAGAUACAAUUCCGUAUGAUGUCAACGAUAAUUGGCCGUUAUCUACGUAAAUCAUAUGUUGAUGAUUUAAUCACCGAAGAUCUAUGUAUUGAUGAUAUAAGAUUUGGUUUCUGGUCACGGAAUGAAUCAACAAAACGUUUAUUAAGUUUAAAUCUUUUGGUUGAAAAUUGUCUUCGUAUUAAAUGGAAUUUGAAUGACACAAGAAUUUUAUAUUCAAAAUAUUUUCAUUUAAUUGAUUUAAGCGAUCAUCAAAAUCAUAGAAAUGAACAACAAAAUCAACAGAUACUUCCAACAACUGGAUCAUUAUAUCCACAAAUAUUCUAUCGUCAUUUUAAAUUCUAUUGGCAACAACAACAACAACAACAGCAACAAUUUUCCAAUAAUGUUCAAACAAUUCAAAAUGAACAAAUGGAACAACAUUUACCACAGAAAGAAUUUUUCCGUAUCAUAUGGGAUCAUUUUCAACCGACAAAUUUACGUUCAAUCGAAUUGAUUGAUAAAAAAUUUAUAUCAUUGAAUAGUAUUUGUUAUUGUUAUCGCUUCAUCAUACAAUCUGUUGAUCUAGCAAUGGAUAGACAAAAGAUUGAUGAUCUAAUCACAACAUUGGGCUUACGUUUAAAAGCUCAAUUUUCACAGAUCAAAAUUCAUCAAAAUCAUCGUCGAUGAUUAUCAGCAAUUUUUUUAUGUUAUUUUUCUGUUUUGUUUGUUUUU